GUUGACAUGUUGGAUCUGUGACGUCACAGUCGUGGGUUCCUGGAAAAAAAGCAAGAUGGCAGCUGGAACACAACACGGGUUAAAGAAUAUUCUUUGGAAGAAAAUAAAGGAAAACGUCAUCGAUGACCACAAAAAGCCAGGAGAAUGGAGGAUAUUAAUUUUGGAUCACUUCACCACCAAAUUGCUAUCUUCGUGCUGCAAGAUGUCGGAUCUAAUGUCCGAAGGGAUAACUAUUGUGGAAGACCUGUAUAAAAACCGUGAACCCGUUCCAGAGAUGAAAGCCAUUUAUUUAAUUUCACCAUCUGAAAAGGGUGUGGAUUCACUUGUUAAUGACUUCAAAAACACAUACAAGUACAAAGCAGCAUAUAUCUAUUUUACUGACUGUUCUCGUUGCAUUGUGUUCACUCUUGAUAAUCCAGAUGCCUUCCACAGUAUUUACAGCACCCACAGAACUGAUAAAGAUACUACGCUUCAGAAAAUGGCAGAACAGAUAGUGACGCUGUGUGCAACUUUGGAUGAAAACCCUGGAGUUAGAUAUAGAAAGGAACCCUUGGAUAAUGCCAGCAUGUUGGCUCAGUUGGUAGAGAACAAACUCUGCAAACAUUAUGAAUUGGAUGAAAAAUGCAAAAAAAAGAGCAAAACACAGGCACAACUUUUAAUAGUAGAUCGAGGGUUUGAUCCAGUUUCUCCUAUCCUGCAUGAGCUGACGUACCAGGCAAUGGUUUAUGAUCUGAUUUCAAUUGAAAAUGAUACAUAUAAGUAUCUGUCAAAAGAUGGUGUCGGUGCUAAGGAAAAACAAUCUGUACUUAAUGAAGAGGAUGAUCUUUGGACAAAACUUCGGCACAUGCACAUUGCAGAAGUUUCAGAGAAAAUCCCAAAACUUGUAAAGGAAAUUUCUGCAAACAAGAAAAUAAAAGACGGCAAGAUUACAAUGAGCGGUUUGUCUCAGCUAAUGAAGAAGAUGCCUUCUUUCCGCAAGCAAAUUUCAAAGCAAACAGUUCAUCUUAAUUUAGCUGAAGAAUGCAUGAACCAUUUUCAGGCAAAUGUGGAAAAACUUUGCAAGGUGGAACAGGACCUAGCUCUUGGAGCUGAUACAGAAGGACAGAAAAUUAAGGACCCUAUGCGAACACUUCUUCCAGUUUUGCUACAAAAGCACUCCACUUAUGACAAGAUAAGAGCUGUUCUGCUGUACAUAUUCAGCUUAAAUGGAACAACUGAGGAGAAUCUGAGAAAGAUCUUUCAACAAAUCGACAAUGAAAGUAGUAUUAUUUUAAACUGGAACCUCCUCGGAGUCCCCAUUCAUUCUUCAUCUUCACAGCAACGUAAGACGUCGAGGAAAGAUCGCUCCCACGAGGAAACCUACCAGCUCUCCCGGUGGACACCUGUUAUUAAGGAUGUCAUAGAGGAUGCUAUAGAUAACAAGUUGGACACUAAAGAAUGGCCCCAUAUAUCUGAAUGCCCUGCAGCUUGGAAUGGUUCUGGUGCUGUAAGUGCCCGUCAGAAACACAAGGGCAGCAGUCAAGAUGACCGACGGAGUGGUUCAAGACUCAUAGUGUUUAUAAUUGGAGGUGUUAGCUACUCUGAGAUGCGCUGUGCCUAUGAAGUGACUCAAGCAGUCAAGUCCUGUGAAGUAAUUAUUGGAUCGACUCACAUUUUGACGCCCAGAAGUCUUCUAGAGGCUAUGCAGGAUCUCAGCAAAACUAAAGGACCCAUGGAAACGUUCAAUAUUAUUGAGGAGAAAGCAGCCUGAUGUUUCAAAUAGUGGUGUAGUAAAGGUAAUUUAGAACGAAAGAUUACAGGGAAGGAUGUUUUCCCCCCAGUUUUUCAUAUUUUUUGUAAAGUAAAUAAUUUUAAAUGGGUUGACAGAAGGGCUUUUUACCCAACCAGGUCAUUCUUUCCACAGUUAAGUGAUUGUGAAGAACAAGCUCACCUUGGUGCGUAAGGUUUAUGUAUAGUCCGUGUACCUCUUCAAAUACUGUGUUUCUCUUUAUAUUAGCCUUCACUAAUUUAGCAACUGGCUAGCAAUUUUGUUCACAUUGUCAUCAUAUUUUAAUAUGGAUUCAUGGUAAAGCUUGAUACUAAAUAAUUGAAUAUCCCUUGAAUAUCGAUUUUGUGUUUUAAUAUUUUCUAUGAUGCUUUGGAUUUCAUUUACCAACUCGCACAUUUUACUUUUAACCCAAACUCUAUGUAAACUUGAUAUUUUUUAAAAAUUAUUAUUAUUUAAAGUGACUUAAACAACUUACCUGUAGGUUUAUCAUAUAACAUUAUGUAGUAUUAAACUGGAAAUGGUUAAAUAAAGAAGCUAUCGCAUGUGCAUAUACCAAGUAUUAUUUUAUCUAAAAUAAAAAUGUUUUUUAAAGUUACUAUUUUUGCUUCUUUAAUAAAGAAGGCAGAAUCAUAAGUUGUAUCUGAGCAAAUGUACAAUUUGACACAUUUUACUCAAACAUCAUGGCUCCAUCUAGUGGAUUUGGUUUUCCAGUUCAAGGCCCUUAGUAUUCCCCUGGAAUGGAUAUGUCUAGAGAACCACUUGUUGAAUUGUGAUGAAACUUGCUAAGGACACAAGUUAUUGAGUGUGGCAUAAUCUAGGGGUUUAUGGAGUCUGUCUGUCUGUCUGCAUUUUACAUGUACUGUUGUUGUACACGUGAAAUAACUUACCUGCAUUGUUAUUGUCUGAUAAAAUUGCCUUUUAGCUUGGCAUGUGUCUUUUUGGAAAACAGUGGGCUUAUACAAGUAUGUCAGUGAUAUUCAGUGACUCUGAAUAACAAAUUGGAAUUUAAGGUAACUCAGUAAAAUAGGUCACUAUAACCUACAACCAUUGUAUGUACUUGUAAAACGUUUGACAUACAGACAGAUUCUCUGAAUAAUGUAUGCUAAAGAAUUACAAGUUUAGUCCUUUCUUUUAAUUAAAGCUACCAUUGAGAAGUGUAGUUUAAUUUCUGGGCUGUGAAGUCAUCCUUAUGGUCACUCCCUAGCAACCUUAUAGACACCUUGGGGAGGGAUGGAGGAUUGCCUUUGAGGAAUCAAAGGCAAUGUUUACAGAACAAUUUUAAUCCAGUUGUAUUUUUUUAAUUAAUUGUUUCAACAUUUUUUUUCCUUCAUUUUUAAAAAAAAUCUAUAUUGUUACUUUCAAAGGUGGAGCAAUAAACCUAGUAUCAGUUAACAACUGGAACGGGCAACUUGCUGUUGAUUUCAACAUAAUUGGCUACCACAACAAAAAAACAGUAAUUUAAGAUUUCAAGACACACACUGUACAUAAGAGAAUAAUGCAGACCUGUGACACCCAAUGAAAAGGGAACCAUCUCAAUAGAAACUUGAUAACUAGCAGUAUUGUAUGUAGUAUCUUAUGUUAACAGUGAAUAUUGGUAUCAGAUUUUCACAUUAGUUGUGGGGCAAUAGGUGGAACUGGUUCUCAGAGAAUAUGAGAAGGUUCUGUGCAAUUUAAUCUGGGAAUUUUACCUUAUUUACUGUUUUAAUAGUUCCGUUCUUUAGAGUAGUCCAGUUUAUAACAUAGCAGAAACAGGUUCAUUUUAAUA